AUGGACGAGCUUCUCAACUCGCUAAUCACUCCCAGCCAGGAGCAACUGCAGGAGGCAAAGAUCGCUAUCGAAGAGUUCCGACAAAAAAACCAGCAAGAGCAACACAAUCCCAACAUGGCCGCAGCGGCGAUCGUGCCGUUGCCAGAUUCUGAACAUGAGAUCGUUCUCCCACACCGUACUUCUAUCGGCCAGGCUGCGCGCGGCGAACAACCUGCUCCCCUAACAUCGUCCGACGGAGACAGCAUAGCAGCGUCCGGCAUCAGAUCACUCGGCGAACUCUUCGCCUCUCGAACAGACCCAGACAUCGCCCUGGAACUGCAAUCGAUCGAAGACUUCGAGCUCCAAAACCCCUACCAGCCCAACCCACCUGCAAAAGUCGUCCCUCUACCCUCAAGCAAAGGCAACUACGAAAGCACCGUCAAGCUCCACCACCUCUGCGACCAGCGCGGCGUCAGACCCGAAUUCACCUACAACGAACCCUCUGCGUUCCGUUUCUCGGCCAAGGUCGAGAUCGGCUCCCUCUCCUUCCAGACUCCCAACAGCUUUCCCACCAAGAAGCAGGCCAAAGACGCCGCUUGCAGCCUCGCCCUCUCCGAACCGUCGAAUCUGGACGCUGUAGCGGGCGUGAAGCGCAAGGCUCCCCUGGUCGCCGACGUGGGUCCGGAAGUAGACAGGAGCGAAGACUGGAUUAGCAUUCUUCACGACUAUGCGCAGCGGAAGAAGGUCGCUUUCGCAGAAUACCACGAGUCUAUGUCCGAAAACCCCCCUUUCCGCUUCGGCUGCACCGUCAACAUCUCAGGUGGCCCAGCGGAACCCUUCGGCCAAGAUCUCGGCCCCUUCAACUCCAAACAAGCCGCCCGCACCUCCGCAGCCAAAGAAGCGGUCCUCUGGCUUCGCGCCCAAGGCGUCCUCCGCGCCGCCCCGUCCAAGCGCGCCAGACCCGAGUUCCAGGACGUCGUGAACAAGAGUCUGCAGGAGGUGGACUCCGCGCCUCUGCCGGUGCGUGUGCAUCAUUUGGUCGCUGCGUUGGGGUUCAGUCAGCCGCGGUUCGAUUGUCGGUUGUCAAAGACGAAGCUCGGGGAUGUGCAGGUCGGGGUGCCGAUUUAUGAUGCGGCGGUUUUCUUUGAUGAGAGGGAUGUUGUGAGGGAGCCGAGGUUGGCGGGGCCGAUUGGGAGGGUGGAGCAGGUGCAUGGGCAGAAGAAGGCGAAGGAGGCUUGCUAUGAGCAGCUGCUUAUCACCCUUCAACAAAUCCAGAGCAGCAGGGGUGGGUAG